ACGGAAUCAGUCACUUUCUUCGAACGAGCGCGUCCCAUAUUCGAAGACGCGCUCACGCCGAGUGUCACGGUGCUACAGUUGCUCCCGACACAAUGAAAUUCCUGCUCGUCCUCCUGUUCGCCGGCGUGUACGCGCAAAACCGGUGCCCCACCGGCACGGGGUUCUUCCCCGACCCGGACCAAUGCGACCUCUACUACAUCUGCUCGAAGGGCAAGCACGAGGAGAGGCUGUGCCCCGACGGUCUGGUCUUCGACGACAGGGACCCGAACUUCGAGCGCUGCGAGGUCCCCGCUAACGUGGACUGCGGAGACAGAACCGCCCUGCAGGAAGCCAAACCGAGCGCCGGCUGUCCCAGAGCGAACGGCUUCUACCCGCACCCGAGGGACUGCACGAAGUUCCACAACUGCUUCGAGGGCAAGCCCAAGGAGUUCCACUGUCCGGCAGGGCUCGUCUACGACGAGGUGUCCAGCACGUGCGUCUGGGCGGCGAGCAGCAGGAGGCCGGAGUGCCUGAAGCCGAAGCGCGAUCCGCUGGAGGACGGGUUCGAGUGCCCCGGGGAGGCGCAGGGCCUGACGGAGGCGGACGGCAGGAAGGUGCCGCACCCGACCUACCCGCAUCCCACCGAUUGCCAGAAGUUCUACAUAUGCAGGAACGGGCUCGAUCCGCAGCUGGGCUCCUGCUCGCCCGGCAGCGUGUACAACGACGUGUCCUACAGGUGCGAGGAUCCCGCCAACGUGCAGGGAUGCGAGAAUUAUUAUUCGGGGAAUUCGAAACCGGCCGGGCAGCCGGCGGGGAUACCGUCCAGGAAGAAUAAGUAAUAGAACAGGUUAAAAUAGACUUGUAGGUGUAAGGAUUUUUAAAAUAAAUUUGUAAGUUUU